UGAUGUGUGAAAUGUAGUAUCUCUUUAUAGGAUGCAAUUUUGACACCCAAGGAACGCCUUACUCUCAAUUAGUUGACAUUAAAAAAAUGGUGGCAGUGGCUUGGUUUUCUUUCGAUCCCUCCUCCGCCCACGCCGACAUCAUCUUCUCUAACGACAACCUGACCGUCACCUGCAACAGCUACGACGACAGGGUGGUGCUGGGGAAAACGGGCUUCUCCAAAGGGCUCCAUUACUGGGAGCUGUCGAUCGAUCGGUACGACAACCACCCGGACCCGGCCUUCGGCGUGGCGCGCAUCGACGUCCUGAAGGAUGCCAUGCUGGGCAAGGACGACAAGGCCUGGGCCAUGUACGUGGACAAUAACCGGAGCUGGUUCAUGCACAACAAUUCCCACACCAACAGAACCGAGGGUGGGAUAACAAAAGGCGCCACGGUGGGAGUGCUGCUGGAUUUGACCAGGAGAACCCUGACAUUCUCCAUCAACGAGGACCAGCAAGGGCCUGUCGCCUUCGAGAACCUGGAGGGCCUCUUCUUCCCCGCGGUCAGCCUCAACAGGAACGUGCAGGUGACACUCCACACCGGCCUCCCCGUCCCCGAAUUCUACACUUCGCGCUCGGCCAUGCCGUGAGGAUGCUCCCGGAGCCGGCUGCCUCUUCUGGGGAGGAGGAGGAGAGGAGCCAGCCCCCUUCCCCCCUGCGAGACGAGGACGGCCACCGAGCCACCAGGUCCCUGCUGGGCCACCGGGUCCCUGCUGGGCCACCGGCCGGAGCCAAAACGGGGAGGAAGAACCCAGCUUCUGCCCCUCUCCGGUCUCCGUCCCCCCGCGCUGUCCUGUGUGUGUGCGCUUUGCUCUUUAGCUCUUUUUGGCUGAUGAAGUACCCCAGUAGCCCGAGAUGUUCCUCUGUGUCCGCUUUUAGGUUUGGUUUUGUUGAUUUUGAGGCGGGGGU